CAGAAGUAGGGUCUUGGGGGUUUUGUCAAGAAUGAUGUAUGUGCAUUUUCUUUUUAGCUUAAAACUAGUUUAAUUAGAAACAUUCAUCAUACAGUUUGAUGAGAUCCACUAGGAAUCACAAAUGCAGGGAAUCAUUUGACACAUCAUUUCCCCACAAUUCACUAUGGAGCUACAGGAAUUUUUAUGACUCAUAUGUGGAAUACGCAUGGUCCACGUAACGUAUGUCUGGAUGGUCGUUGGUUGUAAAAGCUUGAUUAAUGCUGUUACUGGUGGUAUAUUACAACCUUAUAUGAAAUUAAGCUUGGGAGAUGCUACUGAAGGGGAAAAGGUUGGCAACACUAAUGUUUCUAAUUCUCUGCCCAACUGUUUCAACGAUUUAAAGGAAUUGGUUCGUAAUGGUUCUGAGUUUGAAGAGACUGAAAAACUUGAUGCGUACCUUCUGUUUGUCAUCCACUUGCCAAAAAAAAAGAGUAUCUAUCAUCAAAUUCUCAUUUUAAAAGCUGCCACGCGGAAAAUGAUAUACAUACGGAAAGUUGACAUUCUACACACCUUCGGUGCCUCAUUACAUCUCGGCUAGUCAAAUUAUAAGAUUUGGGGGGUCAGCCCUAUAGAGAUAGUAAAGCUUUCUCAAUUCGUUGGAAAGAGGUGUAGCAGGGCAUUGAGAAAAAAGGAAUUUAGAAUGGGAAGAAAGUGAGAAGCUCUCAAUAGGCAGGUCCAUUUAUAUUUCGUGCUUUUUAUGAAAUAUGCUAAUAUGAGGAAAUGACAUCUAUUUUGUGAGUCUUUGCUAUACACUUGGCUUGGAAUUUCAAAAGUGAAAAAUAUUUAAUGAACGGCGAGGGAGGACUUUGGCAUGGGGAAAAAAGUGAGAAGCACUCAAUGGACAGGUCUGUUUAAAUUUUGUGCUUUUCAUAAAAUACACUAACAUUCGGAAACAUCUAUUUCCUGGAGCCUUUGAUGCACUGGAAUUUCAAAACUGAAAAAGAAUGAAUGAACGGUAAGCGAUGACUUUGGCAUGUGAAAAAAGCGAGAAACACUCAAUGGGCAGGUCUGUUUAAAUUUUGUGCUUUUCAUGAAACCUGCGGAAACAACUUCUAUUUCUUGGAGCCUUUGCUGUAUAUUUGGCUUGGAAGAAUGAAUGAACUAUGAGGACUUUGGCAUGGAGAAAAAGUGAGAAGCACUCAGUGGGCAGGUUCGACUGAUUGAAUGGAGAGAGAGGACUUUUGCAUGGGUAAAAGUGAGAAACACUCCAUGGACAGGUCCAUUUAUAUUUUGUGUUUUUCAUGAAGUAUGCUAACCUGUGGAAAUAAUGUCUAUUUCCUAGAGUCCUUGCUGUACACUUGGCACGAAUGAACAUUAAGAGAGGAUUUUGGCAUGGGAAAAAGUGAAAAGCACUCAAUUGGCAGGUCUGUUUAUAUUUUGUGCUUUUCAUGAAAUAUACUAACAUGAGGAAAUAACUUCUAUUUCAUGGAGUCUUUGUUGUACACUUGGCUUGGAAUUUCAAAACUGAAAAAGAAUGAAUGAACGGUCAAAGAGGACUUUGGCAUAUGAAAAAGUGAGAAGCACUCAAUGGGCAUGUCUGUUUAUAUUUUGUGCUUUUCAUGAAAUACAUUAACAUGAGGAAACAUUUAUUU